AUAUGGGAGAGUAAAAAUGACACAGAAGUUCUGAAUAUUGAGUAGUCAGAUUACUUGACUGUUAUAAGAUCAAAAGGUUUUUCUAGUUUAUCUGCAGCAGCAAGAUUGAUCAACAGAUAUGUUAACCAAGAAAAAUACCAUACGUAUCUUUGGUUUGUUAUUACUCAUGAUAGGCAUAGGCUACAUAUAUAAAGGGAUUUUUAAAGAGAGCACCUCUUUUAUACCGUUUGUUGAUAUUUUCUCAAAAGAAAGCACAAACCUAAAUAUUUUAGGUUCAAGCAACCCUCUAAAUCAAGGAAAUGGCAUCAUAUUUCUGGAGACCAGGGACGUAUUGACACCAACUCAUUUAGUCACAUGCGCUGUUGAAUCAGCAGCCCGUGUAUACCCUGAUCGCCCUGUCGUUCUCUUCAUGAAAGGAUUGGUCAAUGUAACUUUAGAAGAUGAUCAAAAAAAAGUACGGGCACGUUUUCCAGCUCUCUCAUCAUUUGAGAAUGUCUACAUUUUCUCUUUGAAAAUGGAGGAAAUAUUUAAGGAUACACCUCUUUUCUCCUGGUAUUUAAAGGUUGAUCCUAAAUCGGAACGCUAUUGGAACCAUGUCAGCGCAGAUGGUUGCAGAUUGGCCCUAAUUUGGAAAUAUGGCGGCAUGUAUAUGGACACAGAUAUCAUCUCAUUUAAAGCAGUUCCAGUAACAAACUUUCUGGCAGCUGAGUCCUCCAUUCAUUCUAGUAGUGGAGCUUUUGGCUUUUCUCCCCAUCAUGAUUUCAUCUGGAAAUGCAUGGAAGACUUUGUCCGUAACUAUAAGGGAGGGGUUUGGGGACAGCAAGGUCCCUUAUUAUUAACAAGAAUUCUGGCACAAUUCUGUUCUCAGCAUAAUUUUAAGGCUUUGGAGGAUCUCAUGUGUGGAAACAUCACUUUCUUGAAUCCUGUACGGUUCUACAAAUUACAUCUGUCAGAUUCGAGAAAGUUCUUUGAAGUUUGGAAAGUAUUGCCAGAUUUUAAUGAUUCUUAUGGUUCACAUUUUUGGAACUACGUGAAUCAUGUAAAUGUAAAACAAUUUGUGAUUCCUGGAAGCAACACAUUAACCGAACAUCUUUAUAAAGAGUUCUGUCCAAACACUUAUGAAACUCUUAAAACUAAAAUAUAAUUAUUUUAUCUGCUUAAAAAUAUUCCAGGUACUGUGUAUUUGUCAAACAUCCACUUAUAGAUUUUGUUUUUCUAAUUGUUCAUAAAAACCAAGGCAAGAACAUUACUAUAAAUUGUGUGAAUGUAAACAGGUCUCUAAAACCUGGUAGUAACAUGUAAUAUGUUUACAAAGAUUGUUAAAAUAUCUCAGAAAUGUUCUAAACUUCAAGAUAGCUGUUGUUUACCAGCUUUUAAACACACACAUACACAUAUAUAUGAACACAUAGACAACAUGCGUGUACUUCUACACAUUUUAAAAAUGCACAUAAUGCCUAGAUCUCAAUUUAUAUAGCUAAGUGAACAUGUCUUUCAAAUGGGAUCUCUAUGUUGUAUCUGUGAAAAGAAAUGUUAAUCAGAA